UGUUGCUUCUGUGCCUGCAGGGAACUUCUGGAUCUGACUUGCCGUCUUGCCAACACCCUGAAGAAAUACGGGAUAAAGAAAGGGGACAGGGUGGCCAUCUAUAUGCCCGUGUCUCCCUUGUCCGUGGCAUCCAUGCUGGCUUGUGCCAGAAUUGGUGCCAUUCACAGUGUGGUCUUCGCCGGAUUCAGCGCAGAGUCCUUAGCUGGGAGAAUCAUGGACUCUGGAUGCAAAGCAGUUAUCACCUACAACCAGGGAGUCAGGGGAGGUCGAAUCAUAGAGCUGAAGAUGACUGUGGAUGAAGCUGUGAAGAACUGUCCAAGCAUCAAACAUGUCUUUGUGGCUCAGAGGACAGAUAACAAAGUCCAGAUGGGUGACUGUGAUAUUCCCCUUGAAGAGGAGAUGACCAAGGCAGCUUCUGUAUGCACACCAGAGAGCAUGGACAGUGAAGACAUGCUUUUCAUGCUGUAUACCUCAGGCAGCACUGGGAAACCCAAAGGAAUCGUUCACACCCAGGCUGGAUACCUGCUGUACGCCGCUCUCACGCACAAGUAUGUGUUUGACUACCAGCAAGGCGAUGUUUUUGGCUGUGUGGCUGACAUUGGCUGGAUCACAGGACAUAGCUAUGUUGUGUAUGGACCACUCUGCAAUGGAGCCACCUCUGUCCUCUUUGAAAGUACUCCACUGUACCCUGACCCAGGUCGUUACUGGGAAGUGGUACAAAGGUUGAAAAUUAAUCAGUUUUAUGCAGCACCUACGGCUAUACGCUUACUGCUGAAUUAUGGAGAAGAGUGGGUGAAGAAGUAUGACAGAUCUUCCUUGAAGACUUUGGGUUCAGUGGGAGAGCCCAUCAACAAGGAGGCUUGGCAGUGGUUCUACCAGGUGGUGGGAGAAGGGCGCUGCACCCUCGUGGACACGUGGUGGCAGACAGAAACUGGUGGCAUCUGCAUUGCCCCACGGCCUUCAGAGGAGAAAGCUGAGAUCGUUCCAGCUAUGGCUAUGAGACCUUUCUUUGGGAUUGUGCCUGUGCUGAUGGAUGAGAAUGGAAAGGUUAUAGAGGGCAAUGAUGUGUCCGGUGCGCUCUGCAUUGCCCAGCCGUGGCCUGGCAUGGCAAGAACAAUCUAUGGAGAUCACCAGCGAUUUGUUGAUGUCUAUUUCAGAGCCUACCCAGGUUACUACUUCACAGGGGAUGGUGCUUACAGGACCAAGCAAGGCUAUUACCAGAUAACAGGGCGCAUGGAUGAUGUCAUUAACAUCAGCGGGCACAGGCUGGGGACAGCAGAGAUAGAAGAUGCAAUGGCUGAUCACCCUGAGGUCCCUGAGACAGCUGUGAUUGGGUAUCCACAUAAGAUCAAAGGAGAAGGUGCCUUUGCUUUCGUAGUGCUAAAGGAGCAGGCAGCUCACGCAGACCGUGUCAAAGAAGAGCUCAAAACCAUAGUGGCUUCCAAGAUAGCAAAAUAUGCUGUGCCUGACCACAUUCUGGUGGUGAAACGUCUCCCUAAAACCCGAUCAGGGAAGAUCCUGAGAAGGCUGCUGAGGAAAGUAGUCACUGAACAAUCAAACAACAUGGGAGAUGUCACCACACUUGAUGAUCCAACUGUUGUUAAGGAGAUAUUGGAUGCUUACCAGAAAUACAAGGAGAAAAGUUCCUCAUAACAGGCAUCCCUGGAAUCUAUCUCCUUCAGAAAUGUGAAAGGUCUACAAAACAACCAGGCAAAUGACAUAGUUCUCUCUUUGUGUUUUUUUAAAACCUGUUUCCUUCUAGGGGAACAAGAUUUUUCCACUCUACAACAUACUUUGAGGUGCACAGGGCUAGGACCAAUCUGCACUUUCACACAGUCAGUGAGCUCCUUUUCAUUGCUUUUAGGGCUGUUGUAGAGCAGCCACUGGUGGUUUCCAUUAGCUAUGAUGAAAUUUAAUACUAGCCGAAGAAAGAUGCAGACGCUUAUGUUUCUCAUUUUAAUGUUUCUGUACAGGGAAAUGUUUUUUAUACAGUACUUCUUGCUGUUUUAAAAGAAGACCUGGAGUACAGUUCUUCAAUUUUUCCUUCAGCUUGGAUAUCUGAGUUCAGGCAGCUGUAUUUCACUGCAACUGUAGUAGCUUUUCAGAGGUGCAGCAUAUUCUAGGAGAUGUUUCAUGUGCAUUAUUAGGGAAACGAGAAGGACAUGGCUAGUCUGAUGAUUCUUCCUUGACUUUACCCAGUUAUUCUAAUACCUCCUUUGCCUUUCCUCAUAUGGAUUUGCUCCUACCACCAGGUUUCCUGGGAUUUGCCAGAGAUGGUGAGCCUGUGUCCCUUCAUGUUGCACCUAGGUAAACCCAGCACUAGCACUUGCCCUUGCAAAGCUGAGCCACAAAGCCUACUACUGGACUUCUGACAUGUCCUUAAUGCCAGUUACAUAGGAGAGACUUGGUCCCACGUGUUUUUAUUCUGCCUUGAGAAAUCGAGAUCGCCAGCCAAGCUUAUAAAAUAACUGUCCUCUUCCUCCUCAGUAAUGAUGUCUCAAUGUUGUCCAUUGUGGUUCACUUCUGCAUUUUAGGAGUGGUGGUCUGCAAAUGGUAGAUCUUUGUUUCCAGUCUGUGAUUGUGCAAGUGUCUUUGUUUCUUGAAGUUGCUAUGAAAAGGGGUGCUGUUUGUUUUCUGUCUGUGAGAGAAGCAUUGGGAAAUGAAAUCCUGAAGCACUCAGGAGAAGUUUGAAGCUGAAGGAGUUGUCCUGGAGAGUUCACUGUGGCUUGCCAGGCUUUGUGAUUUCUGAUCAAGAAAUAGUUAUUUUAGCCCACUCCAAAAUGGCUUGUAAUCUUGUUUGCUCCAACUAAGACAGGCUGAGGUAGGUUCAUUCUCCUGUCGGAAGUUAUGACAAUUCUUAUUGUUUCAAGUGGGCCCUACCAUGUCUGCCUCUUCUGCAUACUGCCAUGCUGAUUUUCCAAAGAGUUAAGUGCCAUGUGGGUACUCACAAACUGCACAGUCCACAAAAAAAAAAAAAGUGCCUCCUAGAUGCCUUUUGGAAAGCAGUACUAGCAUUCCAGACCAGCAACCUCAGAAUAGCAUGGAAGAAAUGCCUUUGUCUUUCCUAUGCUUUCAGAAUCACAGCUAAUAAAGUCAGUGUUUUAUU